GGGAUCAGAGGGCAGGACUCGUGGGUUCCGUUCCUGGCGCUUUCCUUGCUUUGCUGUGGAACCUGGGCCAGGUCCCUUCUGCAAUCCAAGCCUCAACUUCACUCUCUGUAAAAUGGGGGGUAAUUGUACUGAUAUACCCCGGAGGAAGGAUAGGGAGUAUUCCUAAAGCUCUUUGAGAACAAUUUGAGAGAUACUUGUUUGUGGUAUUCUCUGGGAACAGCAUGUGAUGGGGGGGAGAUACUGAUUUGUUACAUGCAAGUAUAAAGCGCCCACUAUUCUCCAAUCUGGUUGUUUCUUAGGCCUUAUCUACACUGGCAAUUUACAGCACUGCAACUUUCUUGCUCGGGGGGGGUGUGUGAAAAAACACCCCCCCCCCACGAGCGCAGCAAGUUUCAGCGCUGUACAGCGCCAGUGUAGACAGAGGACCAGCACCGGGAGCUGUGCUCCCAGCUCUGGUAGCUAUGCCCCUCAUGAAGGUGGGGUUUUUUAGAACACUUUCUCCCAGUGCUGCGCUGUGGCCACACAAGCCACAUUAAAGCGCUGCCAUUGUAAAUUAGUCCUUACAUACCUUAGUUCAAUAGAAUAUGUUUCCGGAACACUCAUUCUGCAUCUCUGAUAGCAAUCUAACUGGCUUUGCUAGAAGAACAAGAAAUUGGUAGUUUACCAGCGAAGGACUAAUUGCCACUGUGAGUUAAUAAAAUAGCUAAAUAAAGAGAUGUUGCAUCAUGUGCUGAAAGUGUCUGGGCUCAUACAGAGUUCUGGAGAGGCCCUGCUAUGCAAAGCAUGCUAUUACCAUCUCCCAUGUGAUCCUCCUGGUGGAGUGACAGAUCUUGGAGGUGAAAGCUGCCAUGACAUCUUCCAACAAGAAAAUAUUUGUUAGAGUCCCUUUGGAAUCUAUGGGAGACAAUUUUAGUUGAUUGAAGUUUAGUUUAUCAAAAAGAAGACUGAGAGGUGUCUUGAUUACAGCAUAUAAGCACAUUCAUAGGGCUCUUGCAUCUAGAGGAGAGAAGCAGAACAAGAACCAAUGGCUGGAAGUUGAAGCUAGAGAAAUAAAAAUGAGAAAUAAGGCACCCAUUAACAGUGAGGGUGAUAAACUAUUGGAACAAACUGCCAAGGGAAUUGGUGGCUUCUCCAUCUCUUGAUGUCUUAAAAUCAAGACUGGAUCCCUUUUUGGAGGAGAUGCUUUAGCCAUACACAAGUCAUUGGGAUCAAUACAGGAGUGACUGGAUGAAAUUUAUCUUGCUUUAUAUUUGGUGAAUCUGUGAAUUUCUUUUUAAAUCCUUACCUAGGGAUUUUAGUAUAUUAAGAAGCAAAGUACCCAAAUACAGUAAGAAACUGCUUGAGAGGAAAGAAACCUGUAAAGCACACACUGAUGUAUAAUAUCCUGUAAGAUCAGUUUAUGAUGAAUGGAGGAGGCUUUCAAAUGAGGCAAUCUAACGGGAGUCCAGUGGUUAAUGUGUCUGAUGUCAUGUUGUACCCCCUUUUUCCAGAUCAAUAAGCACACUUUUCAACUCUGAAAGAGAAAGGAGAGUGAUGGGAGCGAAGGAUUUCACUACAUUAAUUUCUGAACUGUUGAAAGGAGAGUGGGUGAAGAAUGACAAACUCAGCUCUGAAACUAUUUUAAAUAGUCUUAUUUGUAUUUUACAGUAGCAUGCUGAGGCCUCAGUUAUAGCACAAUUCCUAUUGUGCUGAGUACUGUACAAAUUUAAAACAAAAUAUUCCCUGCCCCAAAGCUCUUACAGUCUUAACUACGGACAAGACAUGAUAGGUUGGUAGAACACAAUGGGGAGAAGGAGAAGACAAGGAUGACAGUAAUAGCUAAUACAUACAACAUGUUCUAAGUGCACAAUUUGGAAGGAAUAUUUUCAAAUGCAGUAACAGCAGCUGUUUGUUUUCUUAUCUUGUGCUGCCUCUCCUGUGUGUAAAUGAAAGAUAGUGCUUCAUUUGAGGGAACUACAUUGCCAAUAAAUGUUCCUGUAGCCCUCUUGCAGUCUAGACACUGGGGAAUUAUAGUAAGUCAUAAAUAGGGGGAGUGUGUGAAGAGAUUUUGACUCUACAUAGUGUAUACAUACCAGCUAUUUCUGUGGGAAUGUUUUGUUUUUUUUCACCCCCACAAUGAGGAAAAAUAAACCAGAAAUCCAAACUACCACAGUUAUAACACUGGGGAAUAGAGAGCAUUAUAGUUGUUUGUUUUGCAUUUGCUAGGGAUGAUAUAGGAACUGCAGCUGCCUUUCUCAUGGGAGGGACAAAUGCCUUUGUGGUAAAUGGGGAAGAGGCUAAGCCACUGCCCAGAGCAGCAGCAAUGUUUCCCAUGAAAUCAUCAGCAAAUGAAAGAAGAGAGUACUUUAACUGCCCAAAUCUUAAGGCUCUGGUGCUAUAGGAGACAGCAGUACCUCUGGAGUUGGGGUUGAACAGUUAUCCUCUUUCAUUUUAAUCUCACUGUCAGAAAAAGAUGCUUUUUGAAAAUGAUGGAUACAAAACAAUUGAUAAGUGAUCCCUCAGUUGUAAAUUACCAUCAAGAAAACAGCUGACUCUCCAGUUGAUGGAAUGUAUUGACAUUACCUGCAUAAGUGUUGUGUGGUUUUUUUAAAAAAAAAAAAAAAUGUUUUUUUUUUUUUUAAAUUUUGUUCUGAAGACCAUUGUUCCUGUGGCUUCAUCUCUCAUGUCUGGCAUUUUUUUUCUAAUGGUUAGAGCAUGAGACAAGGAGUCAUGACUGUAUUACUCCAACACCGCUGAGUCUUCUUCCCUUCAGCUGGCUUGUCGCUGACAUUGUUUGGUGUACAGUGUUGGUUCAGCUAACUCUGUCCUGUUUCCCUAGGUUCUCCUUCCUCUGGCAAACGUGGCCAUGAUUGACUACACCCUGGAGUUCCUAACUGCAACUGGAGUGGAAGAAACCUUUGUCUUCUGCUGCUGGAAGUCUGCUGAGAUAAAGGAGCAUUUACAUAAGUCCAAGUGGUGCCGCUGCACCUCUCCCAACAAGCUGCGCAUUGUGACCUCAGACCUGUACCGCUCACUUGGUGAUGUGCUAAGGGAUGUCGAUGUCAAGUCCCUAGUCCGCUCUGACUUCCUCCUCGUCUCUGGAGAUGUGGUGUCCAACAUCAAUGUUUCCGCAGCUCUGGAGGAGCACAGGAUGCGCCGUAAGCGGGACAAGAACGUGUCGGUGAUGACGAUGAUUUUCAAAGAGUCCUCACCAGGUCACCGUGCUAGGUGCCAGGAGGAUGACAUCAUCCUUGCUAUGGACAGCACUACAAACCGUGUCCUGCACUACCAAAGAACCCAGGAACUGAAGCGCUUUCGCUUUCCCAUGAGCUUGUUCCAGAGCAAUAUCGAGACGGUUGAGGUGCGUCAUGACUUGCUGGACUGCCAUAUUAGCAUCUGCUCCCCACAGGUGGCCGAGUUGUUCACAGAUAACUUUGAUUAUCAGACUCGGGAUGACUUUGUGCGUGGCCUGCUGGUGAACGAGGAGGUCCUGGGGAACCAGAUCCAUAUGCAUGUGACAGCAGAGGAGUAUGGUGCCCGUGUGUCCAACCUGCUGAUGUACGAGGCUGUGUGUUCCGAUAUCAUCCGGCGCUGGGUUUAUCCUAUGACUCCAGAGAUGAACUUCGCCGAUGAUGAGACACAGAGCUAUACCCAUUCCAAGCACAACAUCUACCAAGGGGCAGAGGUGAGCCUGGGCCACGGCAGCGUGCUGGACGAGAACGUCCUCAUUGGGCAGGGGACGGUCAUUGGCAGCAACUGCUCCAUUACCAACAGUGUCGUCGGUCAAAACUGCAAAAUAGGGGAUGAAGUUAUCCUGGAUGGAGCAUUCCUCUGGAAUGGUGUCCACGUAGCAGACUGCGUGGAGAUCUGUCAGUCUAUUGUCUGUGAUGAGGCUGAAGUGAAGGAGAAGGUCAAAUUAAAUCCUCACUGCGUUCUGACUUCCCAGGUGGUGGUGGGUCCUAACAUCAGUCUCCCUGAGGGCACCGUGAUCUCGCUGCACUCACCAGAUGAGGAGGAGGAGGACGACGAUGAGUUCAGUGAUGAUUCUGGAGUGAACAAGGAGGAGAACAAAGUGAAGCUGAAAGGUUAUAAUAAAGCAGAAGUGGGGUCAGAGGGCAGAGGUUACCUCUGGAAAGCAGAUGAUGAGAAUGAAGUGGAUGAGGAAGAGCAGAGACAGAGUCUUUGGGGCCCCACCUUGAAUCCAGAGGAAGAGAGCGAGACGGAGAGUGACCUGAGCCUGGGCUCUGAGCAGCCAGACAGUCGGACUGAUUCUCCUCAGCUGGAUGACAUCAAAGUUUUCCAGAAUGAGGUUCUGGGUACCUUGCAGAGGGGUGAAGAGGAGAACAUCUCCUGUGAUAAUCUGGUCUUGGAAAUCAACUCUCUCAAAUAUGCCUAUAACAUUGGCCUGAAGGAGGUGAUGCAGGUGCUCAGUAAGGUGGUCAUGGAGUUCCCAUUGCAGCAGCUGGACACAGAGAUAGACCCCCAACACUACUGUGUAAUUCUGAUUCCUCUGUUGAAGAACUGGUCCCCGGUGUUUAAGAACUACAUAAAGCGGGCAUCAGAUCACUUGGAUGCCUUAUCUGCCAUUGAGGAGUUCUUCCUGGAACAUGAUGGCCUCCACACAUCCAUAGCCAAAGUGCUGAUGACCUUUUAUCAGCUGGAAAUCCUGGCAGAGGAGAUGAUUCUCUUCUGGUUUUCUCAGCGGGAUGCAUCUGAUAAGGGCAGGCAGCUUCGUAAAAACCAGCAGCUUCAAAAGUUUAUCCAGUGGCUGAAGGAGGCGGAAGAAGAGUCAUCGGAGGGCGACCAAGACUGACCUGGCAGCCUGCCAUGAGAAGAGGCACUCCUGCUGCCCUUAGAGGAGGAGGGAGGGAUCUCUUACUGGCCAGGCUUUGCCUGGCAAGAUGGGCAGAGCAAGAGCAAUGCCAGUGCAGGGUGCGUAGGUGUGGGACCUGAAAUUGAAGUGACUGACAAUCCCAUCGUUAAUUGUUGUGUAUUCCCAGCUCCCAAAAUGGCAUCUUAUGUGGGAUAGUCAUAGCACAGCAUGAGACCCACAAGGGAAAAGCAGGACAGUAAUGUCCAAGAUCCUGCUGUGGCCUGUCUGUGAUGCUAUCUAUUAAGCUAUCCAUUGGGAGCCACUCACUCCUAAUGUAGAGGUGACUGGCAAAUACGUACAAAUUCCAUGUAAAUCUAACUCUUGGGGUUUGAACCAUUUCUGGUUUGUGUAAAUGUGGUCAUAUGGUCUGGUUAUUGGGAGUUACUGAUGUUCCUGGAGCUGUAAAGAGGCCAAUGGACAAUUCAUUUCCACUCACUCGUGGAGAGCCCCUUCUGAAGGGACACUGGCAAGGCUGGUGGACGACAUGGCUUAGUGAUCUAAGCACAGGGCUGGGCCUCAGGAACUCCUUUGGCAGGGGAAGGCACGGUUGUCAGAGGAAGCCCAAGUCAUUUGGCGGCCGGGAAUGAAAAAAGGCACUUGUGCUGUCUUUCGAGGAGGGAGAACCUCUUACCAUCAGGCACACCUGGCUAGUUAAAAUCUUGGGUCUGACAUGGACUUGCACUGUGAUCAUAGCAAAACCAUGUUACCUUUCUGCAUCUGUUUCCCUUUCUGUAAAGUGGGGCUAAUACUCAUUCUCCUACCUCACGGAGGGCUAGCUAAUAACAGAAACACACUUAGUGAAUAAAGUACUGUAUAGAGGAUUAUGCCCCAGAUAUGACCUACCUUCUCUGUCACCCUAGUUGCUGGCUCUUUGGGUGAGGUUUUAUUUUAACUUGUAAAAGGGAACAGAUGCCUGACACUUGUUAAGGCCCCUGGUUCAGGGAUUUGCAUGGUUCUGAGCGCGCAAGCUGUGACACCAGACGUUCUCUCAUCCUGCUUCCCAUGCUAGUGACAGACACACUAGCUCAAACCAGGUGUUUUAUUUAUUUAUUUUUUAAAAGCUAGCUUUGCUUUUCUCCUUUCGGGGACAAAACUAUGGAUCAGCAACUGCAGGAUAAUGCAUGGGUAUGCAGCAGGAGUGAAUGUGUCCUUUCCAUCCAUCCCUCUACUGCACCCUCCUCCAUGCAGGUAAUAGAGCCCCCGGGAACAGCAUUCUUGUAUAUGUCAUUGUGCCACUUCCCGCCCCUGUUCUCCCCCAAGAAUGGAGCAGAUCAGCUGACCCUUAAUAGGUAGGUCAUAUGUUAAGCAUGCUGACCAUGCCACUGUCCUUUUAGGAGGGAUAUGGAAUAAAUUCUAUGAGGGGACUACAUUGAAGCUGCCCACUCAGGAUUUUUUUGGCCACUGGAUGAUGCCACAUAUUCUAAAUGAGGGGACAUUGAUCUGUGGGGGAGGGGGUCAGAAAAUGCUGCCUCUUAAAGAUGGAUGUUGGGAAGAGGGCAAACUUGAGCACUCACAGGGUCAGUUGCCAGGACUGUGCAUGAAGGCCCUCGGCUUCUGGCAUCACGGAACCCAGUCUUGUAAAUGUUGGGGAAAAUAGCUGAUAUUUGAACUUUCUAUAUCUGCCAAUAUUUAAUGCAGGGAGUGAUUAAAAACAUCCUGGUGUAAACAAUGA